UGGCAGAGUGGAAACAGAAGUAUGAGGAGGGUCAGGCAGAGCUUGAGGGAGCACAGAAGGAGGCUCGUACUCUCAGCACUGAGCUGUUCAAGAUGAAGAACUCUUAUGAGGAAGCUCUGGAUCAGCUGGAGACCAUGAAGCGUGAAAACAAGAACCUGCAACAGGAGAUCUCAGAUCUGACUGAACAGAUUGGUGAGACCGGUAAGAGCAUCCAUGAGCUGGAGAAAUCCAAGAAACAGGUGGAGACAGAGAAGGCUGAGAUCCAGACAGCUCUUGAAGAGGCUGAGGGAACUCUGGAACAUGAAGAGUCUAAGAUCCUGCGUGUCCAGCUGGAGCUCAACCAGAUUAAGGGUGAGGUGGACAGGAAGCUGGCAGAGAAAGAUGAGGAGAUGGAGCAGAUCAAGAGGAACAGCCAGAGGGUGAUUGACUCCAUGCAGAGCACUCUGGAUUCUGAGGUCAGGAGCAGGAACGAUGCCCUGAGAAUCAAGAAGAAGAUGGAGGGAGACCUGAAUGAGAUGGAGAUUCAGUUGAGCCAUGCCAAUCGCCAGGCUUCUGAGUCCCAGAAGCAGCUGAGGAACGUGCAGGCACAGCUGAAGGAUGCUCAACUGCAUCUUGAUGAUGCUGUCAGAGCCCAGGAUGACCUCAAGGAACAAGCUGCUAUGGUGGACCGCAGGAACGGUCUCAUGGUGGCUGAAAUUGAGGAACUUAGAGCUGCUCUGGAACAGACAGAGAGAAGCCGCAAAAUCGCUGAGCAGGAGCUGGUGGACGCCAGUGAGCGUGUUGGACUUCUGCACUCUCAGAACACAAGCCUUCUGAACACCAAGAAGAAGCUUGAGUCUGACCUGGUCCAGAUCCAGAGUGAAGUGGAUGACACUGUUCAGGAAGCAAGGAAUGCAGAGGAGAAAGCCAAGAAGGCCAUCACUGAUGCUGCUAUGAUGGCUGAGGAGCUGAAGAAGGAGCAGGAUACUAGCUCUCACCUGGAGAGGAUGAAGAAGAACCUGGAGGUCGCUGUUAAGGACCUGCAGCACCGCCUGGAUGAGGCUGAGAACCUGGCCAUGAAGGGUGGCAAGAAGCAGCUCCAGAAACUUGAGUCUAGGGUGCGUGAGCUGGAGACAGAGGUUGAGGCUGAGCAGAGACGUGGAGCGGAUGCUGUUAAGGGUGUCCGCAAAUAUGAGAGGAGAGUAAAGGAGCUCACCUAUCAGACUGAAGAGGACAAGAAAAAUGUUACCAGGCUGCAGGAUCUGGUUGACAAGUUGCAGCUCAAGGUGAAGGCCUACAAGAGGCAGGCUGAGGAAGCG